AGGAGGAGGAGGAGCAGGUGCCCAUGCCGGCUGGCUACGUGUGCCGGCCUCCUCUGUCUCUCUCUCAUUCUCUCUUUGGCUGAGAGGAGCGGCAGUAAGAGCAGCACGGCGGCGUCGUUCCCUUGCCCUAGCCCCCCCUUCCCUUCCCCUCGCAGUGUCUGCGCAUGACCCCUCCCUGAGAAGGUGAGGCGGAGAGAGAGCGAGAGAGAGGAUUCCCUCUCGCUUUCUCUCUCUCUCUCUCUCUCGCGGCGCAGGCGACGCAGUGCAGAGGCGCGCGCGCGCGGGUUGCUUCGGCCUCAGGAGGAGGAGGAGGAAGAGGAGGAGGAAGAGACCCUUUCCCCCCUCUUCCGCGCCUCCCUCCCUCCCCCUUCAACCGCCGCCUCACCCUGGCCAUGACCGCGGGGGCGGCGGCGGCGGCGGCGGGUCCACUCGGAGCGAGUACCCGGUUCUUCCCCCCCGGCAUCGCGGAGGGUUGCCCCCAGACGCCCCGGCCGCCGCCUCUGCCCCUUCCUCUCCCUUCAGCAGCAACAGCAGCGCAGCCGGGCUCCCGGAAAGUAGCUUGAUGAGUGUCCAAAGUCGCGGUGGAAGUUUGGCGGGGCCGCCAUCUUGGUCCCGGCUCUCCACGUCGUCGUCGCCACCGCCGACACCACCACCACCAUUGAGCCUCCAGGGCGGCUGCUGCUCCGCGGCGGAGGCGGAGGCGGCCUCAGCGGUGGCGGCAAUCGUGACCGCGGUGGAGGCCUCCUCGCUGCCCCAUAACCCCUCGCCAUUGAAGGAAGGUGCAAUGGAUGAGCUUCAUAGCCUGGAUCCAAGAAGGCAGGAAUUGUUAGAAGCUAGAUUCACAGGAGUAGUGAGCGGUAGCACUGGGAGUACAGGAAGCUGUAGUGUUGGAGCAAAGGCCUCCACAAAUAAUGAGAGUUCCAAUCAUAGUUUUGGAAGCUUGGGAUCUCUAAGUGACAAAGAAUCAGAGACUCCUGAGAAAAAACAACUGGAAUCUUCCAGAGGUAGAAAAAGAAAAGCAGAAAGUCAGAGUGAAAGCAGUCAAGGAAAAAACAUUGGGGCACGUGGUCACAAAAUUAGUGACUAUUUUGAAUACCAAGGUGGAAAUGGGUCUAGCCCUGUAAGAGGAAUGCCUCCUGCAAUCCGUUCUCCUCAAAACUCACAUUCCGCUCCUUCUUCUGUUCGACAGAAUAGUCCUUCUCCUACUGCAUUGUCUUUUGGGGACCACUCUGUUACACAACCAAAGCAGCUGUCAUUUAAAGUUACACAGACAGAUCUGACAAUGUUGAAAUUAACUGCACUUGAAAGUAAUAAAAAUCAAGACCUGGAAAAGAAAGAAGGUCGUAUAGAUGAUUUGCUCAGGGCUAAUUGCGAUCUGCGACGGCAAAUUGAUGAACAACAAAAAUUACUUGAAAAAUACAAAGAAAGAUUAAACAAAUGCAUUUCAAUGAGCAAGAAGCUUUUAAUUGAAAAAAGCACGCAAGAGAAGCUGGCAAGCAGAGAGAAGAGUAUGCAAGACAGAUUACGCCUUGGGCAUUUUACAACAGUUCGACAUGGUGCUUCAUUUACUGAACAGUGGACAGAUGGUUUUGCAUUUCAAAAUCUUGUGAAGCAACAAGAGUGGGUGAAUCAACAAAGAGAAGAUAUUGAGAGACAAAGGAAACUUCUUGCGAAGCGAAAACCUCCAUCUACAAAUAAUUCUCAGGCACCCUCUGCCAAUUCAGAACCUAAACAGAGGAAAAACAAAGCUGUCAAUGGAGCAGAAAAUGACCCAUUUGUUAGACCCAAUUUACCACAGUUGCUAACACUGGCAGAAUACCAUGAACAAGAAGAAAUUUUCAAGCUAAGAUUAGGACAUCUCAAAAAGGAAGAAGCUGAAAUACAAGCUGAACUUGAGCGUCUGGAAAGAGUUAGAAAUCUCCACAUACGAGAGUUAAAAAGAAUAAACAAUGAAGAUAAUUCACAGUUCAAAGAUCACCCUACGUUAAAUGAACGGUAUUUGUUGCUUCAUUUACUUGGUCGAGGUGGAUUUAGUGAAGUAUAUAAGGCUUUUGAUCUCUAUGAACAAAGAUAUGCUGCUGUCAAGAUACAUCAGCUUAACAAAAGCUGGCGAGAUGAGAAAAAAGAAAACUAUCAUAAGCAUGCCUGCAGAGAGUAUAGAAUACACAAAGAACUGGAUCAUCCAAGGAUAGUAAAGCUAUAUGACUACUUUUCCUUAGAUACAGAUACGUUUUGUACAGUAUUAGAGUAUUGUGAAGGAAAUGACUUGGAUUUCUAUCUUAAGCAACAUAAACUAAUGACUGAGAAAGAAGCCAGGUCCAUUGUAAUGCAAAUAGUAAACGCACUGCGAUAUCUCAAUGAGAUUAAGCCACCUAUAAUCCAUUAUGAUCUUAAACCAGGAAACAUCCUUUUGGUAGAUGGAACAGCAUGUGGAGAGAUAAAAAUAACGGACUUUGGCUUAUCCAAAAUAAUGGAUGAUGAUAGUUACGGUGUGGAUGGGAUGGACCUAACUUCACAAGGAGCUGGGACAUACUGGUAUUUGCCACCGGAGUGCUUUGUUGUGGGCAAAGAACCCCCAAAGAUAUCGAACAAGGUGGAUGUGUGGUCUGUUGGAGUAAUCUUUUUUCAAUGUCUGUAUGGUCGAAAGCCAUUUGGUCAUAACCAGUCACAACAGGAUAUACUCCAAGAAAAUACAAUAUUAAAAGCUACUGAAGUGCAGUUCCCAGUGAAGCCUGUUGUAAGCAAUGAAGCCAAGGCCUUUAUCAGACGUUGCUUGGCAUACCGCAAGGAGGACCGGUUUGAUGUCCACCAGUUGGCGAAUGAUCCUUACCUCCUUCCCCAUAUGAGGAGAUCAAAUUCUUCAGGAAACUUGCAUAUGACUGGACUAGCAGCCUCUCCAACGGCACCAAUAUCCAGCAUUAUUCCCUACUGAAUUGCCUCCGCACAGAACAGGGGUGUACGAUGCCUUCUUGUAGUUUUGCUGCCGUGGACUUUUGUUUGAAAGCCUUCAGUUAGUGUUUUUACACAGCAGGACACGUUGGACAAUGGUGUUUUCUGCAACUAUCAUUUUCUAUGAUGGAACUGGAUCAUGGUCUGAGAAGGACACAUUUAUUUCAGACUUUUCACAUUGGAGACACUGAAGGACAGUCUUACCGAUUGCCUCCUUGCAGAUGUGCUGUGUUUUUAAGACUGAAGAAAAUGUGUGUUUUGGGCUCAUAGGGAGGGGGACAUUGUAAAUAAUCUUUUUAAUACCUAAAACAUUUUUGGUUGAUACUGGAGAGUUCUAAUAAGGAGGGUAGUUUUUCAUUAUUCGACUGACGAAGAAAAGAAUUGGAGCACAGAAGAAGAACUCCUUGCCUCGACAAAAAACAAGUGAAAUAAAAGAAACUUCCCAAUGAGCUGAUAUUACAAAAACCAAAGUCAAGUUGAAUGACACAACUGUCUAUGUUACUUUCUUUGGAUCGAUGUGAUUUCGUAUUUUGGGGGCUAGAGAGAAAUCUUUUAAACUGUUUGUUGGUUUAAUUACUGUAUUUCCAAAGGGACAAAGAUAGCAGUUUCAGUGAGGUAGCAUAAGCUAGUUCAAUUAUUUAGAUGGCAUUUUGAUACUUAGCAGUGUUGUCAACUGAUAUCUGCUACCCAGGCUUUUACAGAUGGAUAUACAAAGGCCAUGUAUGUAACCAAAAGCAAAGCGGUCAUGUUCAAAGUUUCUAUGCAGGUUAAUGACAAAUUCCCUUCUAACUCGAUUGUAAAUUUAUUGUACAGAUGUCAUAUUUUCUGUUUUAAAAAUUUCAGCAACUUAUUCCUGUACAAAUGUUUAAAGUAUGGCUUUUUCUAAUUGGAUAUUGUAUUUUUUUUAAGUCUCAUUGAAGGUGCUUUUAAUUGCUGCUAAAUGAUGUUGCUUUUGCUUUUGCAAAAAAAGAGGAAGAAAUCAAAUGACCUCCUUAAGGUGCAAGUCAACUGUACGUCUUAGAGAGACUGAAAGUAGAUAAUUCAUUAACCAUCAAGGCAUGUAAAACCGAUCAGUGUUGGAACGAUACAGUACACUUCAAGUCAGUUUCCUGAGCUGGAGCACGUUGAUACUAGAUGUAGAAGUUGUUUAUGGUUAUUCUCGGUUUCUGGAAGUUCUGUCUACAAGGUAGGAAGAUGUUCUUCUCAAGAGAUGUUUCUUGUGGCUUGUAUAGAUUAUUUUCAAAUGUGAAACAUUUUCUAACUGCCUUGUAUGGUAGAAUCCUUUUUUUUUUUCAGAAUACAGUAUCUCUCUCCCAUACAAGAUUUCCUUUAACUGUCACAUUCAUAAUGCCCAAUACCUGUAUGUAACUUUGUCCAUGUUGCAGAAAAGGGAGGCUGUAUUACCAUCCAUUUUGUUGGGGGUUUUUUUUGUUUAAUAUUGUACAGUUAAACUGUGGCUCUUGUUUCUGAUGUUGCAAGCCAUUUUGUUUUCAUUGUAUAUAUAAGGGUACAUUAACUGUCUCUUCAAGAUGCUGCUGAAAUUGUAGAGAAUGUAGCCAAAACAGUAAUAAAAUAAUGACAGUUGGAAUUUCAA